ACAACACGGAACUCGAGAGUUAUUUCAUCGAAUACGCGAUUCAAAAAGAAAUGAUAAAUCGAAAUCGAUGCCCCGCCAGUCGUCGUUUGCUCAGUCAGACCGCUCAUUUGGCGGAGUUCAAUUUCGCCAAUGGUAAUCAUCAAAAGGCGAAAUAAUCGCGGAUUCGUUGCGCGUUCCGAUGAAAAUCCAGGAACGCGUACGAUCGUAUAUCGGUGCAAAUCGAACGGAGUAGGUGGCAGUGGGACCGGGGACUCGAGCUGCGGCAGGGACAGGGUUAGGAAAGCAACGGAAGCAUGUAAGCGACUAAAUCCGUGUUACGACUGUACCAAUUCUGUAUAAAAUUCUUACACCUUUAGCCCUGUUGUGUGUCCACGGGUCUUUCUCGAGUCAAUUGCAAAAUCGUUAGCAGAGUACACGUACGUAUGUAUGUAUUUACGUGUGCUCGCUUUCUUGGUAACACUCGAAACGAGUAGAUAGCUUGAUAAAUUGGGAACCGCAAAAGGGUUAGAUCCAAUUCUCUGCAUUGGACGAAAUAGCCUGUCGAAUGAUGAAAGAAAGACGGACGGAAAAAUGUUUUCAGGAUUCGCCGUGCAUCGGAAUUAGUAUGAUACACACGUCGAACGCAAAUUGGCCUCCUUCCAGGAAAAGAGAAGAAGCGAAAGCAUUGGAAAACCUUCGCAAACGAGUCGAACAAUCCAAAUUGUACAAAUCGACUAGAGCUUCUGAUACUUGUGGGUCAACUUCCAUUUCUCUGGUCUUGAAUGACAAUCGAAACGAACAACUCGAUAAUCGGCCGAAGCUUUUAAAAAAGAUCCUGAGUAACAGACCGAUGAGUAUCGCGCACGACAGUAACGAUCUGGAGACUGACUGGCGAGACAGUGAAUUUAUUACGGAAUGUUUAUGCUGGCACAAUGUGUAUCGACAAAGGCACAACGCACCGCCGUUGACGAUGUCGCCACAGUUGUGUGAGUACGCUCAAACAUGGGCCAAUCAUUUGGCGCACACGAACACAUUUUAUUAUAGAAACGAUCGGGAGGUGGGACAGAAUCUUUACUGCCGACCAGGUGGUGCAGUUCCUACAGACGUAACGGGACAAGACGUUGCAUCCUACUGGUAUUCCGCGGUGAAGCAGUACAAUUUCUUGAAAGAACCCGAUAUUCUUCACGCCAACGUGAACGCAGGUCAUUUCACGCAAUUAAUUUGGGCAAACAGUCGUUACUUUGGUGUCGGGAAAGCUCGCAGUAGAAGUGGCAAAGUGAUCGUAGUCGCCAAUUAUCAGCCGGUUGGCAAUAUAUCCGGGCAAUUUCAAAGUAACGUUUUACCACCUCUGCCCGAAAAUGUGAAUAUGGCAUUAUCAUCGCCACCGCCGCCACCGCCGCCACCGCUUCCGCUUCCAUUGCUCCAGACGUCGGGGAAAAUCUACCGAGAGCAUUACGUCGCGUCCGAUUCACCGGUUCCGGCGUCGUCAUCGGUACCGCCGUCGGACACCGCGUCGACGGACAGUGACCGGUCUUCCGUUAGUUCAACGCAAUAAUACAGACGACCGAAUUGCCUCUUCUGCGUUUGCACGCGCGGAUGGGAUGGACAUUGAUCGAUUCUUUUGAUAUCGUCAUUUUUCUCGUGCUCAACGAUAUUCGUCUUGCCGAUUAACGUACCCCGUUCUCUUGAUCUUUUGUUUUCGUUUGCCCCUUUCGGUUUCCUCGUUCAAUCUCUGCUUCGUAACACGAUCGACAAACGCGUACGAACAAAGUUGCAUUUAUUUUUCAGCAGAGAUCGAAGAACUGAAAUAACAGAAAUAACUGAAAUAACUGAAAUACGCUUAUAGACUACGAGUAAACGAGCGACACGGACGUGUGCGUAUAUGCACACGCGCACGUACACGCGUAUAUACACGAGUAUGAAUGCGCGAUAAAUUCUCGCGCGUACGUAAAUUUAGUACUAUACGCAGUUGUUUGUUUGUCUCUUUACUAUUUGUGUAGGGAUAAACAAUCUCGAUUGUUUGAAUUUGAGUAUGCACGUUUCCCGAAUAAGCGACAAAUGGUAUUGUUAAGAAUCUCGUUCCUACGGUUAAACGAACAAAAUGUGAUACGAUGCGGAAAACGAUCGAUUACGAACCCUAUAAACGUAUGCGUGAUCAGUGAUUCGCAUACUUCGCAUACUUCGCAUACUUCGCAUACUUCGCAUAUUUCGCAUAUUUCGUAUUGUUCGUGUUUCACGCAUAAUACCCACACGGCAGGACUGUUCCACUUUUUGGCAGUCGACGGAGAACUUGUUUAAUUGUACAUCGAUACGUACGUUCACUUGAAAAAUCAAAGCGCCCACAAGUACUGGGCGAGUCGAUUAGACAGCGUUUCUGUAAGUACUCUGCAACAUAACAUUUGAACAGUUAUUGGGACGACGGUGACGGUGACGGUAACGGUGACGACGACGACGACCACGACAGUGACGACGACGACGACGACAGUAGUCCCUAGUCGUAGAAAAUAAAUAUUUUAUACGAGUCUUGUGAUUAAACGCGAAAAUCGUCGGCGAAAACUACGACGUGUUUGCUAAGAUAGAAUUAUUAGGAAAUUCAACGGCCGAUGAUGCACCGUCGCGUGACUAUAGAAGGAUCGCGAAAAUUCUGACACGUAAAGGUCAGAAUCCGAUUACGGUUCUAUACGUUUCAGUUAUUCUUGAUAAUCAUCGUUUUAAUGCGAGAACGCGUUGUUGCGUCAUCUGUAAAAUGCAAAGCGCACUUGUUGUACGAGCGUAAUUUUGUUAUCUAUUCAUGUAUGCUGAUAGAAUUACCGCUUCCCUUUGCACGUACGAGCGUAUACUUGUACGUGCAUGCCUGACAAACGCCUAAAGCAUUAUACAAGCAAGUUGAAUGCGAACGAAUACUAGUCUAGCAUGUGCUAUACUUGCACCAAUGAAAUCGAUAAAGUGGCUAUCGCGUUUCUGUAACAUUGCGGUAACCCGUCUCGAAACGACCCCCGCGGUAUUGCUCUGUUCCGAACACCGUUGACGUAGUACGUACGAAAUUGCCAAUAUAACCAUGUCAUCGAGGGGCCUUACAGCCAUAGGGUUCCUUAGUUGAGCGAGCAAUCAAAACGGCACGUGUUACUUGCACGAUUUUAACCAGUUAAAUAUCAUAAUUAGAUCGCGAACGUAAAGUGAGAGCUAUACACAAGCGUCGAAACGAAAUUAGAGAAUUUUUCAUUAUACGCGCUUACCAUUACUUUUCAA